AUGCGACCGAGCGCGACGCGACGCGGCGUAAAGGGCCUCUUUCCCUUGAUCCGCUCGCUCGCGCCCUCGUCGAUCUCUGCGCCCUUCCCGCUCUCGUCGCUCCACGGCCUCCGCCUCGCCAUCGACGCCACCCUCCUCAUCCAGAAGCUCCACUUCGCCGACGACCCGCACCCUUCGCGCCACCUGAUCGGCUUCUACCGCCUGCUCAACUCGCUGCGCGAGAAUGGCGUCGCGCCCCUCAUGGUAUUUGACCACCCGAGCAAGCGGCUGGCGCUCAAGGACCGCGAGCAGGACAAGCGAAAGAGGAAGCGCGAGCUCGACCGCAUGCGCAACAGGAUGGAGGCCGAGCGCAAGGUCCGCCUCCGCUCCCUCCAGGCCGUCCUCGACACGCUCCGCCGAACCGGACCAGAGGAAAGGUCGCAGGUCGGCGCGCUGCUCGACACCUGGCACAAGCAGAGGGCUUCGGAGCGCGCUGCCGCCGAACCCCUGCCGGAGCCCGACGUGGAGCUCGCCGACAAGCUGGCUGCCGAAUAUCUGGCGACCAGGGACGUCCCGGACUGGGAUGCUCGGCGGUCCGAGCUGUGGCAGCACGCGCGCAAAGCCGUCCUCGCUCCGCUGGCCGGUUCUGCCGCUUCGAAAUCCCAGCAGCAGGCGCAGAUCGAUACUGCCGCCACGACAACGCCGACCACUGUUGAAGAUCCGGACAGCCUGCAGGCCGACAACCUCGACCUGCUCGAGCAGCUCGGUCAGCGAGCCAGCCUGGGAGACGUACCCGGACCGGCGGCAGCGGAAGCGUCCGCCGACGAUCUCUACGACCUGGCUGGCGACGAGAACCUCGUCAGCCUCGAGCGGGAGCCCUACAGCGCGCUCGAGGCGCCCGCCCAUCGGCCGCAGGAGGGCGAGUGGGAGCAAGUGCUCGAGGACCUCACCUCUCGACCGUUUGCUCUGGCCCUGCGAGUCGAUCGCUCGCAGAGGCAGUUCGAAGAUGCUCUGGCUCAGAUGGGCGAGUUCCAGUCCAGGGGCCAAAGGGAAUUGACCGAGAUCGAGCAGAAGCUCUAUGACCAGAUCGUCGCCAGCCUGAAGCCGCCAUCAACGCCGCCAGCCCCUCUGUCGAGCUCAUCGACGCCGCUCGGCACAUCGACCACGGCCGCAGCGGCGGCGUCCCCAGCUUCGAGAACUCCACCAUUGUCGGACCAGGCCAUUUCUGAAGUCGCUGCUGAGGCGUCUGCCGCCUCAGACGCAGCGCAAGAUCUGGCCUCGGGUGCUGCAGAAGCCACUGCGGCCUCCACCGCGACUGCGACUGCGGCUGCCGAUGCGACUGCCGACACGGCCGCCGCUGUACCUGCUGCUGGCGAGGAUCGCAGCCGGCCACAGGAAGCGCUGCCCUCGUCAGUCUCGCCGUUGACGACGCUCAACCGGGGCCUCUCCAAGACCUACGCCCGCUCCACUAUGCCGCUGUCGCCCAGCAUCUACAGCGACUGCGCGCACCUGUGCUCGCUGAUGGCGGUGCCCGUCUUCUGGACCGGCGACGGUACGCGGUCGGGCGGCGGUAGGAUCCACGAGGCUGAGGCGUACGCAUCGUCGCUGGUCAAGGCCGGCUACGCCGACAUUGUCGCCAGCGAGGACAGCGACGUGCUCCUCUACGACACGCCGCUGCUUCGCGGCCUGGUCGGGGGCAUCCGGCUCUCACAUCCGGUCCCUGGCGGCGCGAGCGGCAAACGGCUCAUGGAGGUCGUCGAUGGCACCAUGGUCCGCCGCGGCCUGUUCGACUUUGACACUCUUCAGUCGUUCUUUCGGCGGAAGCAGCUCGAGGCGGCAGAGCAGCACGGUAGCGAAGGGUCAGCAGCGUCCUCUGGUGGGAGAAGAAAGGGCGUGCGGAAGCCGAGAUCGCGGUCCAAGACGCUCCUCUUGUCUCCCGCCGCCACGCGUGCCUCGACCAAGGGCGUCGGGGUGGCAAGGGACGACGCCGCCGCCGCUAUCGAGCCGGCAUCGGACUCGGUGACGGGAUCACCAUCCGCCGAUGGCCAAGACAUCGCUGCCGCACCUGUCGCCACGCUGAAACGGGAGGAGUACGACAAGAUGACGCGGUCGAUGAUGCUCGACUUUGCGCUGCUCUGCGGCACCGACUUUAACCGCACCGUCCCCGGCAUCGGUCCCAAGACGGCGCUCAAGCUGAUACUGCAGCACGGGUCGAUCUCCAACGUGCUCGAGAGGGAGUCGAAAAAGUUCCGGCCGCCAGACGGCCUCUCGAUCAAGGAGUACGAGGCCGAGCUGCGAAACGCCCGCACCGUUUUUACCAACCCGCCCAAGGUGCGCGCAGCGGCGAGGAGCGUCUUUGCCGCGCUCAACUCGGCCACCAAGUCGCAGGGCGGCGCGGGGCGAAUCGACGCGUCAGCCGCGCCUAGCACGGCAAGCGACAGCGAUCGCGAUCGCAGCUUACCCUGGACGCAGCGCUUCUUCGAGAUCGACGCCGUAACGGCGGCGGACGAUGGCUCGGCAUCUCCCGCGUCGGUCGAGGCCGACAAGGGCGACUUGGCGACGCUGGCCGACGUGGUCGAACCUGCUGCAGCAGGCCAAGCCGAAGAAGGUGGCGUCGAGCGAACGUCGGAUGCUCCGCAGGACCAUGCUGUUGCCGCAGGGGAUGGCGCUCAGGACGGAGAUGCGACCGAGGCUGCUGGCAGCAGCUUCUCCUCUGACACCGCAGGCCCGACGUACGACCGCGACGCGGUGCUCGACUUCCUGCGCGAAAAGGGCGUAUUUGGCGGGGCAAGGCCCGUGACCUGGCAUUCGCGCGACGACGACUCGUGGCGGGACAUCAUGGAUCUCGAGCUCGGCAUCACCCCACAGAAGGCUCGCCCGGGUGGCGACGGCGACGGGUCAGACGCGAGCGGUGUCGAGUGGGACGUCGAGGACCAGUGGCAGGCGAGCGAGAGCAGCGGCGAGACGGUUACGGGGGCGGACAAGCGGCUGAUGGGCGUCGACUUCUUCGGCGAGAGAGAGGCGGGCACCGCCUGCUGGUCGCCCGACAUGGAGCACAACGUCCGGAGGAGCACGACCGUUGCGGCCGACGCCGCCGCUGCCGCCGCCUAG